GCCCGGACUUUUUCGAUGAGAGCCCUUGUCGGAGAAUGGUGGCUACACACCAUCCUUUUGAGAAUGGCGCGGUUCAGGAGCCUCGCGCAGUCCUCAGUCUCCGAAUUCUUUUGCUCAACCGGUGUCAGUUGUCCAGGACACUCAAUCAACCUAACAGGUCAUGUCAUGUACAUUCAGUGUUAAGGAAAGUUUGAAUGUAUCGAAAGCCCUUGCCAAGGACAACAUCCCAUGUGGUCAACCCUCAUCAUGAAACAUGAUCUCCAAACACUCAGACCUCCUGGAAUCUUCACUCCUCCAAGCUCUGAACCCCACAGAUCUCUUUCUUUCCCAACCAAGAAGAAUCAUCAUCCAUCAUCAUGCUACUUACUCAAGUAUUAGUCCCUCUAACACUCUUUGGACAGUCCCCCCUCGGUCCGCCACCCCAAACCUGCCCCCCAAACGGAGUCAUCAACUACAUCUCCACAUGCCCCAAGCAUCCACAUAUUAUACCAGCGCCAGGAUGCACCGCUAAGGCCAGCACAAUCAGGCAGCCCUGGGCCGUCGGCUCUCUCUGCUAUUGCGCUGGCGACAAGGAAUAUUGCGUCUAUAUGCUUCCAAACUUCAACGAUGGAAAGGGGAUAUCACUUGUGACUACCUCGUCCGUCAUCCGCUCGGUUUCUACCCUACCUCAUCACGACAGGUGGUGGAGCACUCCCAACACUGCCAACACACCAGACCUGUUAGAGGUCAAGCCCAUCGAAGGCAAGGGUCUAGGCGUGGUCGCAGCCAACAGAACCAUCAGGAAAAACACCAGAGUGAUGGUCGAUGCGCCAGGGUUGAUGAUUGAGCACGGGGCUUUCACCAAGUUGAGAACAAAAAUGCUGGCUGAUUUGAUUCACGAAGCGGCUAGCAUGUUGCCAUAUCCCUCGCGAGAGGAUUUCUUCGCCUUAUCAGGGGCUGAGGGAUUACUCCGAAAUUCGAAGGAGAGCGCUCUGGCGAUUGUUGGGAAGAAUGCAUUUCAUACCAAGAUUGAGGACAUGGAAUUUCAUGCUGUCUUUUUGGAUGUGUCCAGAGUCAACCACGCCUGCAGCCCCAAUGCUGCUUACCAUUUUGAUCCGCUGACCAUGCGAAAGAGUCUUAUCACAGUGCGGGAUAUCCACCCAGGAGAAGAGCUGACGAUAGGAUACGUCGACUUGACACAGCCCUCUCAGACUCGACAGGCAUCCCUCUCACACUGGAACUUCACUUGCUCCUGCCCUCGAUGCACCCAAGCAUCUCGUCGCCAGAAAGAAUCAGAUGCUCGCACAGCCCAGCUUGUAAACAUCAGAAACGAGCUGGACCAGUACGAUCACGGUGUUCAAGACGGCCCCGGGAUGGCAGAACUCUUGACCAUUCUCUAUGAACUCGAGGGCCUAGAGGCUAGGCUGCACGAGGCAUAUUACCGCGCCGCAAUCGAGUUCAAUGGUAUCGGAAAUAGGUGGAAGGCGAUCAAGUUCGCGAGGCUGUGUUUGGAAAGAGGUCUCCUGUUGAAGGACGAGACCCGACCGUUUGUCGGUGAAAUGAGGGCCUUGAUCGAGGACGCCGAGGGACAUUGGAGCUGGCGGUUCCGGUUGGGUGUUGGUCACCAGGACUGA